GCCUCUUUCCCGGCCCAUCCUCACCCAUCCAGCGAUCCCUCUUCUUGCCUCCCUCCUUGGCAUCUUCCUUGGCUUCCUCCUUGACUUCUUCCCGGCCUCCGUCGCAUCUGCCUGUCCAUCCCACCAUGUACCAGGUGCUGCUCUUCGCGCUGCUGGCCUUCUGCUCCGUCUCUCGCGGCUUCGCCCGCCAUUCCAGCUCUGGCACCGUCACCCCUUCCCCGACUCUGCCCGCUCCCUCGCCGUCCUCGACAUGUCCUCCUCCAGCGCCUCCUCCAAGCGGCGUGCAGUGUCUCUCGCCAUAUCCCGGCUCGCCUCUUGACUGCGGCUGGCUCAACUUCAUCAACUGCAACGAAACAACCACCCCCUCGUCCAACAAACGGUUUCCACCCAAGCACUGCCACGGCAAAGUCCCAGAGCCCUGGCCCACCGUCGGUCCUCUCAGCUUUCCCAGCGACCUCGACACCGGCUAUGGCCACAAAAUGACGCCUCUCCAGAUCUACUCGAUCCUCAGCCUCGUCUGGGUAGCAGAGAAUGGCCCCGGACCCUUUACAGGUGUCGUUCCCUGGUACAAUGCCUACGGGUAUAUCCAGAACAUCGGCGACGGUCGCGGCUACACCACCAACAUCGUCGGCUUCUGCUCCGGCACCGGCGACCUCCCAGUCUUCCUCAAUAAGCUGCGCCGACUGGAGCCAUGCAACCCACUCGUGCAGUACCUACCUGAUGUUCGCGCCCUCUCCGCUGCCAACUCGCCCGAGCUCACAGGCCUGGAGGGCUUCGCUGCCAAGGUUGUUGAGCAGGCCGGUGGCCCGUCCGGCAGCGGACCGAUCAACCCCAACUACAUCAAGGCCACCUGGAACACUCUUAGUGACAAGUCCUCGGACUCGGGCUACUGGGGCCGAGCCAUGGACGCAUCGAGAAAGUACCACCUCGGCCUCCCCAUCAGCAAGGGUCAGCUCUACGACAUUGUCCUCAACUCGGGCAACCUCUCGAUCCUGAAAAACGUCAGCGCCGUCGUCAAGCCCCCGACCAAGAAACAGUCCGGUGGUGACCAGGAGCUGCGUUUCCUCGCCGAACUGCAGAACCAGUGGCUGAAGGUCAUCACUACCUCAAUGAGCCUGGACGAUGGGCAGCCCGACCGAGCGCUCAUGUGGCAGCACCUCGCCUUCCCGAACACCACCAACGUCGGCACCGACGGCCAGCCCGGUGCCAACAACACCGUGCCCAACCUUGACCUUUCCCUGCCUCUGACGGUUCGAUGCUACAGCGCCAACUACAACAUUCAGGCGCCAUCCUCGGACUAAACUGUCGUUAUCCAGGGUGGUGCGCGAAACACAUUUCCUUCGCAGCCAUUGAGCAGUACUACUAUUGGGCAGUGCUCAGCAACCGCUUCAAAGUCGGUAGCACAGCUAUGAGAUCUUGUGAUGUAUUGACUGCAACCACUGAACAUCGGUAUUGGAGAGUUCCGCUGAUUUCGAACAGCCCAAGAUGAGCUGGAUGUGUGGCAAUACAGUUCCCACACUAUGAAUGGGAUGCCAUUGCUACCACUGCCAUAUGAACCCAGGUCGACACAGGCACUCUAAG